AUGGAACUAAUGGAAGAUGAUCCCCAGGCGCUCAUUGCUAGUCUAGUUGUACAGCCUACACUAUAUGAAAAGAUUAAAGCUACUCAGGGGGAUGAUCCGGAAUUAGCAGGAGUAACAGCCAGAAUACAAGAUCGUCAGGGAGAGGAAUUUAACAUUUCUGACAAUGGGGCUUUGAGAUUUCGCACCAGAUUGUGUGUGCCUACGGAGGACAACAUCAGAAGGACUAUUCUAAAAGAGGCACACAGAUCUCUAUACAUUGUUCAUCUUGGCAAUACAAAAAUGUAUAGGGAUCUACGGGAGUAUUUCUGGCGGAGUGGCAUAAAGAGGGAAAUAGCAGAAUUUGUACAGCAGUACUUGACGUGCAAGCAGCUUAAGGCUGAGCACUAG